AGCAACCACGCCGUCGAAUCCCGGCCGUCCAGACCGCCUUAAGCCGGCUCCGGUGACUGAAGAGCUCAGGCACUACCGAUCUGCUAUCAAAACGUGGGGCAACCGUGAGCAGGAGAAAGAUACGGGAGCGCGGAACGUCUGGAGUACAGUUGUGAAAAUGGGCCAAGGCUCCUCCAAGGACAGCAAGAACAGCUCGGGCUCUCAGACGCCUACCGGCGCCGGGCCAGAUCUCUCCUCAUACCCUUCCUUCAGCAAAUCGGACACGCGAGAAUCCUCCCGGUCCCUUCGAACCGCCCUUCGAACCAAAAUCCCCUCCAACCGGCUCACCGACAGCCCUCGAUCAUCCACAGCGGCUCUAGCGGAUAACACCGACAGUCAGUCGAUCAAAUCGACUGCCAGUGGCAAGGCGGGAGCGCGCCAGGCAAGAGCUUCGCAGUCGCAGUCCGAUUCUGCCGAUGCGCGCAGUCAAAACAACGCCGACGACGAUGACGAUCCCGAACCACCGCCAUCGCCUACGCAAGGGCCGAUGACGGGCGAUCACAAGGGUGUAGAAGAUGCACAGCGCUCCGGAGAGGUGGAUGCCGUCUCCGAUGCCCCGCCGACCGCGGCGGGACAUCAGGCAACCACCAUCAACGCCGAGCCACUGCCUUCUAUCUUGAUGAAGAGGGACUCCACCAGCACACCCACAUCCGGAGCAGCAGCCGUGCUCGCUAUGGCGGAAAGCAACCACAACUCCAACUCUUUGUCUACCUCGAGCUCGCUAGAUAUUGGCGCACUCAAGCAAAUGGACCUGGAUGACAUGAUCAAGCGCUUGGUGGAUGCUGGGUAUGCCGGCAAGGUGACCAAGACGGUCUGCUUGAAGAAUGCAGAAAUUACAGCGAUCUGUAACGCCGCUCGAGAGCUGUUCCUGUCGCAACCCGCGCUCCUCGAGCUGUCCCCUCCUGUCAAGAUUGUGGGGGACGUGCAUGGGCAAUACACCGAUCUCAUUCGACUUUUUGAAAUGUGCGGCUUCCCUCCGAACAGCAACUUCUUGUUCUUGGGCGAUUACGUGGAUCGGGGAAAACAAUCUCUGGAAACCAUCUUGCUCCUCCUGUGCUACAAGCUACGCUUCCCGGAGAACUUCUUCCUGCUUCGAGGCAAUCACGAGUGCGCAAAUGUCACGCGUGUCUACGGUUUCUACGAUGAGUGCAAGCGGCGAUGCAACGUCAAGGUGUGGAAGACGUUUGUGGACUGCUUCAAUACCAUUCCCAUUGCCGCCAUCGUGGCCGGCAAGAUCUUUUGCGUGCACGGCGGUCUCUCGCCGUCGCUGUCGCACAUGGACGACAUCCGCAAUAUCGCGCGGCCGACCGACGUUCCCGACUAUGGAUUGCUGAACGACCUCCUAUGGUCAGAUCCAGCGGACAUGGAGGCCGAUUGGGAGGCGAAUGAACGAGGCGUGAGCUAUUGUUUUGGUAAGAAGGUGAUUAUGGAGUUUUUGGCGAAGCAUGAUUUCGAUCUGGUGUGUCGCGCACACAUGGUCGUCGAGGAUGGAUAUGAGUUUUUCAACGAGCGGAUUCUGGUGACGGUGUUCUCGGCGCCGAAUUACUGCGGUGAAUUCGACAACUGGGGCGCUGUGAUGAGUGUUUCAGGCGAGCUUCUUUGCUCGUUCGAACUCCUGAAGCCAUUGGAUUCGAGCGCGCUGAAGAGUCACAUCAAGAAGAGCCGGAACAAGAGGCAGAGCAUGCUCAACAGCCCGCCUGCGAGCCACAUCCCCCAAAGCUACUAGCUGAGACGCCAGAACACCAUCCGUAAAGGCAACAUUAGCCUAUCCCCGCGCCGACAUAGGGAUAACAUGGCACUCGAUACCUAUGCAGCCAUCAAUCCUGGGUCGGGUCAAUCUUACCGCCUUUCACCGGUACGGGGUAGCCAGCGCACCACCCAUCAAGCAUGGAAGGAUCUUGGCAAUAGCUG